AUGUCUGAGUCUUCGUACGGUCUUACAACAUUCAGUCCUUCCGGAAGACUUGUGCAGAUUGAGUAUGCAACGACGGCCGCCUCCAAAGGGACAACAGCCUUAGGUGUCAAGGCAACUGAUGGUGUUGUCAUUGCAGCAGAAAAGAAAACAACAUCACCCCUCGCUGACUCCUUAACACUUCAUAAAGUGUUUGCUUUGGAUGAUCAUGUUGGCUGUACGUAUAGUGGGAUUGGUCCUGAUUGCCGCGUGCUUGUUGAUGCUGCCCGACGCGCAUGCCAGCGCUACCGCCUGACAUAUCAUGAGCCAAUGCCUAUUAGUCAACUGGUUCGUCAAAUCAGUUUCUUAUUUCAAGAAUUCACGCAAUCCGGCGGUGUCCGUCCGUUUGGGUGUUCUCUUCUCGUUGCCGGGGCGGAUUCUCGUGGAAAUCACCUUUAUCAACUGGACCCCAGUGGAACCUUCUGGACGUGGAAGGCGACAUCUAUCGGCAAAGGCAGCCCCGAUGCGAGAACAUUCCUCGAGAAACGGUACACCAAUGAAAUGGAAAUUGAAGACGCCGUACACACUGCGCUUUUGACACUGAAGGAGGGGUUUGAUGGGAGAAUGACAGCUGAAAACACGCAAGUGGGUCGGGUGGUUGAAGGUCGCUUUGAACUGCUUACGGUAGAGCAGUUGAAGGAUUACCUGGACCAAAUCUAA